ACCAAAACAAAAAAAAAACAGAGAAAAAAAAUGGCUUCGAAGGCUAUAUGUGUAACAGGUGGUUCAGGCUAUAAUGCUUCAUGGUUGGACAAAUUUUUGCUCCAACGCGUUUACACCGUUAAGGCCACUGUUCGCUAUCUCAAUGAUCCAAAAAAUACAGAUCAUUUGACAUCCCUUGAUGGAGCUAAGGAGAGACUCCACUUGUUCAAAGCAAACCUGCUGGAAGAAAGUGCCUUUGAUGCUGUGGUUGAUGGGUGUGAAGGUCUAUUUAAUACAGCAUCGCCCUUUUACCAUGGAGUCAAAGACCCACAGGCGGAAUUGAUUGAUCCUGCACUGAAGGGGACACUUAAUGUUCUUGGAUCAGUUGCGAAGACACCAUCUGUUAGAAGAGUGGUGUUGACAUCAUCUGUAGCAGCAAUUACUUUCAAUGGCAAGCCGAGAAUGCCUGAAAUAGUAGUUGAUGAGACAUGGUGGUCAGAUCCUGACUUUUGCAGAGAAUCACAACUCUGGUAUGUACUUUCGAAGACAUUGGCUGAAGAUGCUGCGUGGAAGUUUGUGAAAGAGAAAGCGUUCGAUAUGGUUACAAUAAACCCAGCAAUGGUUAUUGGCAGUUUGUUACAACCAACACUUAAUACAAGAUGUGCUGCAAUUAUACAGUUGCUAAAUUGUUCUGAAACAUACCCAAAUGCUACACUUGGAUGGGUUAAUGUGAAAGAUGUCGCCCUUGCGCAUAUUCUAGCAUUUGAAAACCCUUCAGCUAAUGGUAGAUAUUUAAUGGUUGAGUCAGUUGCCCACUACUCUGAGUUAGUCAAGAUAUUAGCGAGCUUUAACCUACAAUGAAGCUUCCAGAAAAGUGUGUUGA